AUGCCCUUUGGGGCAGAAUUCAUGCUGAUAUACAAUCCAUAUGUUGAUUCGGUUCUCCGAGAAGGCAAAGCUGCCGACCACUGCUACUCCAGCAAAUCCAUGACUGGUCGUCAUCCAAGAAUGACAGAUAUCCAUCCAAAAAGUCUUCAAGCCCGACCAAAGCAACGUUAUGGUGACAAAAGGGGCAACAUGCAAAUUACCGUAUCAAGAAACAGGAGCACACUUAUCGGCAUGCCACCCGAGCUCCUUCUCGAAAUUGUGGGAAACCUCGGUCCGGCCGACAAAGCCUCACUCGCUCUUACCUGCAAAAGGGCGUAUCAAUUCUCCAAUAAAAGUGACUUUCAAGCCAUGGAUGUGCCUCAGAUAUCAGAAAUUUGGAGCCGUGCAUGCCACGAACCAUUUCCGAUGGAAUACGAACGGUAUAGAUUCCUCCAGCGCUUGCAGGGUGACUCGCGCAAGUACGUUGCCUGUGCGUGGUGUCUUGAACUGCAUCCGAGGAAGCGAAACUGCUCUGUUGGAUGUGCUUCUAGGUUUGCCUCGGAAAGACGCAUAAAAGUGGACGAAACCACCUGCGAAUGGCAGAUCAUGCACAACGGCAGGAGCAAUGGAAUCUACAUAUCCAACUUCAAAAACGUCGACGAAGAGUCCGAAGAAUUUAUCACUCAUAAUGCCGACCAGGUUUCAGAACCAGGAGAGAAAUACAUUACCAUCCGUGUUGACCACGACAAAGUCUUUGACCGCGACGAUUUCUUCGGUCCUCAGCUCAAAAACUCCUCCAUCAGAGUGUGCGACCACCUGAAGUUCCCCGAAAACCCUGACCUUUGGGAUAUGGUCUACUGCAAAGUCAUGAACCAUCCAGAAAAUCUAUCCUGCCACAAAUGCGCCAAUGUCUUACGGCACUGUGACAAGUGUGAGGCCAUCUUCGACUUUAACGUCCAGCCACUAGACAUGCUCGGUGAAUUGUCCCAACGUUACGUCAUACUCCAGGCGCGAGUUUUCCGCCGAAUAAACAUGAAACUAGGAAGCCGUGCGAAAAUCAGAGCGAUCGAGUCCUCCAGAUGA